CUUGGGCUGAGAGUACAGUUCAUCCCUGCCACAGGGUGUUCCUUGAUGGUGUGGCAAGGUCCUCUGGACUCCAGAAAUCCAUGUGGGUGGUGGGUACUGUGCUGGGCGUGUGCCGAGGAAUAACCUCUGGUCUAUGUUCUCACAAGUCCUGUUGAACAAGGAGCCCUUAUCUUAACUUAGGCGUAGACCUGGAACCCACCAAGUGCCAUCCACCAUAGGGAGAGGCCUUUGGGCUUCCCUGGGUUGGGGAGUGGAUGCAGGGUGGGCAUUACACAAAGAUUCUAGCCUGCCCUUUGUGUUGAUUCCUCUUUCCUGUAAACAACACCUUUGUUUUCCACAUAGGCCCCAAGGACUUUACUGUGGGUCUACUUCAGGUGGAACAGAUCAGCUUUAUAUUAUGGGGCUCUGUACAAGGUUUUUUUCUGGGGAGACGGGAGUAACACUGCUAAAAAUAAUUAAUCAUGAAAACUCCUAGGAAUACUUGUUCCAGCCCAGAUCAGCCCAGGUGAACUCACCAGGUAUGCUGCUCUUUCUCAGAGAGGACCCCAAAGAUAACUUCUCUGAUGUGGGAAUAAGAAAAAGGUUUGUUAGCCACUCAUCUAUGAAGCAUCUGGGCCUCCAAAAUUCCAACCCUACUGCAGUCCCGAGGAAAAACUUGAUCCUCCUGAGAGCUAGGAACUAAAGUCAGGAUACUGACCCUGCCACCUCUAAACUUAGGGAUCAUCAAGCUUUGCUUGUAUAGAGCCAGAGUGAGCUUGAGGUGUCUGGACCUUGUCCAUCUUUCUAGGACCACUCAGAGCGGAAGGCUGACAGGGUGGAGCGUUCUUUUGGUCUGGGAACUAUGGGCUUCCACCAUAUGGUCGAGCACUGUCCAGAGGCCAGGGGACCCGCUCUCCAUCGGGACCGUCGUCCCAUUCCCCUACGGCCGUGGUCUUCUCGACUCCCCCGAAGUGCAGAGGAGGCUACGCCGAGAGAACAAGGCUGAGAAGCCCGUGCCCAGCGCACCUGGCACCAGCUCUGGCUUGGGACCAUAACUCCCAGUCUUGCCCCAGAAAGGGGCCCGGCCGGCGGCGCAGCUGCUCUUCGUGCCAAUCCAACGCUGCGCUCCUGCGGUACCGGCUGUCUUCCCGCGAGCCGCCUGAGAAUUACCGCUAACAAUUUCAGGCCCGCGCUCGGCCCCAGGAUUCUUUACGGCCGGUGGGCCGCUAAGCCCCGCCCCUGAGGGUUCGUCCAAUCCGGACCCAACCUUCAGUCCGCGCUUUCACGUGCCUUGUCGCCACUUCCGAUCCGCUCCCGGAAGUUGCGCUCGGGAGGCAAAUUUGAAGCAAGCUGAGACGCGGAAGCACGGCCAAGAAGCUGAACCCGUCGCGUUUUCCUUGGCUACCUUGGCCACUUGAGACCAGUCGUCAUGCCUAUCCGUGCUCUGUGUACCAUUUGCUCUGACUUCUUCGAUCACUCCCGCGACGUGGCCGCCAUUCACUGCGGCCACAUCUUCCACUUGCAGUGCCUAAUUCAGUGGUUCGAGACAGCACCAAGUCGGACCUGCCCGCAGUGCCGAAUCCAGGUCGGUAAAAGAACCAUUAUCAAUAAGCUCUUCUUUGACCUUGCCCAGGAGGAGGAGAGUGUCUUAGAUGCAGAAUUCUUAAAGAAUGAACUGGAUAAUACCAGAGCUCUGCUUUCCCAGAAAGAGAAGGAAAAACGAGACGGCCAGCUUAUCAUUGACACUCUGCGGGACACGCUGGAAGAACGCAACGCCACUGUUGAAUCCCUGCAGAAGGCCUUAGACAAGGCUGAGAUGCUGUGCUCCACCCUCAAGAAGCAGAUGAAGUACUUGGAACAGCAGCAGGAUGAGACCAAACAAGCACGGGAGGAGGCCCGCCGGCUCCGGAACAAGAUGAAGACCAUGGAGCGAAUUGAGCUCCUACUCCAGAGUCAGCGGCCCGAGGUGGAGGAGAUGAUCCGCGACAUGGGUGUGGGACAGUCAGCGGUGGAGCAGUUGGCUGUGUACUGCGUGUCCCUCAAGAAAGAGUACGAGAAUCUAAAAGAGGCGCGGAAGGCCUCAGGGGAGCUAGCCGACAAACUGAAGAAGGAUUUGUUUUCUUCCAGAAGCAAGUUGCAGACAGUCUACUCUGAACUGGACCAGGCCAAGUUGGAGCUGAGGUCGGCCCAGAAGGACUUACAGAGUGCUGACAAGGAAAUCGCAAGCCUGAGAAAAAAGCUAACGAUGCUGCAGGAAACCCUGAACCUGCCACCAGUGGACAGUGAGGCUGUCAACCGCCUGGUUUUAGAGAGCCCAGCUCCUGUGGAGAUGCUGAACCUGAAGCUUCGCCGGCCAGCCUUCGGCGAUGAUAUUGACCUCAAUGCCACCUUUAAUGUGGAUACUCCCCCAGCCCAGCCCUCCAGCACCCAGCAUGGCCAUGCCAAGAGGCUCUUCCCAGAGAAGGCACAUUCUCCCGUUCAGGACGUUCUCAAGAAGAUGCCCAAAGGCCCCAAGCAGGAGUCCCAGCUCUUGCUGGGUGGCCAGCGCUGUCUGGGAGAGCCUGAUGAGGAGCUGGCUGGUGCCUUCCCUGUCUUCAUCCGGAAUGCUGUCCUGGGCCAGAAACAGACCAAGAGGACCAGGGCAGAGCCCUGUCGCAGCACAGAUGCAGUAAGGACUGGCUUCGAUGGACUUGGAGGCCGGACAAAAUUCAUCCAGCCUACUGACACGACUAUGAUCCGCUCACUGCCCGUUAAACCCAAGCCCAAGGCCAGGGCUAAGCAGAGACUGGGGGCCAGGACAGUGCUCCCUCCCUCCCAGGCCAAGCUGGACACCUUCCUGUGGUAGUGAGAACAGUGAGUCUGAUCAGUGGCCAGAUACAUGCCUCUGACUUAUAGGCCGAGGACUGCGGACUGGCUCGGCAGAUGGUUUGCGGGGCAUGGCCCCUCUUCUAGGACCAGCCCUGAGGACAAGGAUAAACAAGAAGAUGGGGGUGAAGGUGAGGCCCAGAAACUGUGCUUUUCCUGCACACACACACUGCCCCACCCCCCAUCAUACUGGGUCUCCCUGUGAGAGCUGAUGUGAUCAGCUCACUGUUCCUGCCAGCAGGGUUUGCUCCGUAUUCCAGGCUCCCAUUUAUAGCCAUGAUCGGAUGUGGCUGGGCUGCUUCUGGUCCUCCAGACCAGGGUUUUUUGUUGACUGUAAGGACCAAAGUGCUUGAGGCUUCUCAGGCAGCCUCAGCCUGCCCAAGCUUCUGCCUGUCUCUCUGACUUGCUGUUGGCCUGGACCAAG